CAAAUAAUUAUACUUUGUGUGUGUAUGUGUGUUGCGUGCUGUUCCGCUUGUUUAGAUUGUGGCGCGUUCUGUUCAUUUACCUACCCGGCCAUACCUAUUAAGGGAAUAGGAUUUCAUUGCAGUUAGAAAUAAAUGGUAUAUGGCUUACACACUCGUUCACAGACAUUUUCCACCCCUAAAUUUGUGCAGCCCUCUUACGAUCGUGUAUGAACGUGCAACAAGAACUAGGAAUUUAGGUAGACAAAUUACAAAGGACAUCGCAGCAGGCCGACAGGCAUGCCAAUGAGACUAAUCCCUGGCACAAAUUUUGUGUAUAUUCAAGUACGCUCAUGAAACAAACAGCCAGUCCCGAUCGAAACGACAAAGAGCAAAGUGGUUUUGCUAAAACGCAUUCUAAAUUGAAUUAUUCUCGUUCAUCGAAUAUUCCUUUCUUCAAAAUGGAUCCCAAAAUGAUAUCAUCACAAAUCAUAGUUAGGCCACAACAAAGAAUUCCCAUAAAAGUGGUAACUGCCUGUUCCCAGAAUUUCAAAGGAAUUCCAGAUCAGAAACAGGAACGUCCCCUUAUGGUAAAUGCCUGGUCUCAAACCACUGGUGAUGACUUUAAUUUCCUACACGAACUAGAACAGAAACAAAAAUCAUCGAAACGAGAGGAAGAACUUAUGGAAAAAAUACGCAUUCUUGAGGAGAAUCUUAAAGCACACACCGAAUUGUUGUCUCAAAUACAUGAAACCUCUGCCAGAACAUCGGCAUUACUUGGACAAAGCAAUCAAACAAAACCUAUACAAAUACAAACUAUUGAAUCGUUAUCGCUUCAACAUUCCCAUCCUGUCCCCAAGGUAGAACGUUCUGAACACUCACCCAACAGUUCCAGUCACGAUCCAAUGCAAAACAGCAGAACAUCGUCCCCGAAAAGUGUAAGCUAUACCAUCAUUGCUGAAGGUUCAGGUGAUGGGAGCCACGAACCCAUUGAAAUACAAUUAGCUGAAGAUGAUGGGGCUCUGAAUCUUAACAGUUCGGCGGAUUCUGGUCGUUUGGAAAUUUGUCUUACCUCAGAUGAGGUUGACAUGAAAAACGAUACAAUUUCAACACCAAAUACUUCGCAAAUAUCCCGCAGUAACUCAAUGGCAUCGCUUACCAAUAGUACUGAACAUAAUGGCAUAAGAAAACGGAAAUUCGAUGCGUAUGAUGCUGGAAAAGAAAAUGAAAGCACCAACUACUAUUUCAACGAGCAAGGGGUUUUAACAAAUUCCAACAAAAAACACUCAAGUGAACAAACACCCCAAAAAAGUCUGCUAAAACCGGUGAAGGCAGAAAAUCUACUGGCCUCAACAAAUGACUAUGGUGUGAACGGCCAAAAUUUUAAUACACCAAAAAAUAACAACAUCGAUUUAGACAAUAAAAUCAACAAAGACUAUGUCAUGGUCUCAAUUGGUCCAAAUAACACUAAAAUACCCGCCAAGGUGUAUGAGAGUAUGAACUGGAGUUCGGCAUCGAUUGCAACACGAAAACUGCUCAUGUCCAUAUUUAAUAGACAGACUUUGGCAACCCACUCCAUGACGGGCAAACCUUCCCCGGCAUUUAAAGGCCAUGGUAAGCCCCUAAAGCAAAUGCUUGAUCCUUUGGCAAUACAGGACAUUAUCUUUGCUGUGACGCGAAAAUGUAAUGUAUCCGAAAAGGAAGUUCGCAACGCCAUUACAACCAAGUGUGCCGAUGAGAAUAAAAUGAUGAAACUACAAAUGAACAAACGAACGCCAAUGCGUGAAAUGAAUAAAGAAAACAUAGAAUAUAAGUAGCCUGCAUUCGUAGGCAUUGCAUAGAGUCGUAAUCCCAAGGAUUGUCGCCUUAUUUGUUAAUAAUUUGUUUAAAAUUUUCGCCCAUACAGCACUAAGGUACAAAUUGAUGAAAGGUUUUUUUUUACAAUAUAUUUGCAAGAACAUA